AUGAAGCCUGCUGGCCACAUCCAUGAUGGUGCACAGACCCCUUGCAAAUGUGAAAUCAAAAAGAGAGACCAGCUGGCCAAGGACAAGAAGAGACUCAAGAAGGAGUUACAGGGGCUGGAUGAGGGCUUCUUUGAUGAAAUUGAGGACCUGAAAUACGCCCUGCAGCAGUCGGCCAAGCUGAACAAGGAAUACGAGAAGGCACUCCGACGAACCUGCAAACAGUUUGGUGUUCCAUACCCAAUGAGCAGUGAUGACGUCAGAGAUGACAAUCUUGAUUCUAGAUUGGAUUUUUGUUAAGGUAGACAGAGGGUUGACUCGGACUGUGUCUACUCACAGUAUGGUGCUUUUUAAGGACAAGGAAUAGCUCCUUGCCUGUGCUGCCUAGUUAGGGAUUAAUUAAAGGGUUGAAAUAAAUUGCAUCAUCUUGUUGGAAAUUGAAAACCCUCCCAAUGAAAUCCAUCAUUCCUCACUAAUACUGCGAACUGACAAGUCUUUGAUCAGGAAUUUGCUAGAGCCCCUACAUUGUCACACUCGGAGGAUCAA